GGCACUUGUGGGUUGUACUUAUUUAUUUAUUUUAUUACGUGUCAAGGAGCAAGUUUCACAUGGGAUUGGAGUGAUUACACAUGGCGCUUAGAAGGUGCUGUAGGUUCGCUGGUUCUGUCCCUCGACUUUUGUGGUCCUGGUCCAGUUCCGUCCCGCCCAGGACUUAUUCUGCUGUAGGACGAUGCGCUCUGUCCAGCUUUGUCAACACUUACCAAGGUUACAAAAGCACAGAGCUGCAGCUCCGCAGGUUCAGCUCACAACAACAACCACCGAGCACGGAAGUGACUUAUGAUCAGCUGAAGAAGCUCCUGUCUGAGCAGAAAACUGUGGUUAUAGAUGUCCGGGAGCCCUGGGAGCUCAGAGAGUACGGCUUUAUCCCCGGAUCUAUUAAUGUGCCCUUGGGACAAAUGAACACUGCUCUCCAACUGGACCCAGAGGAGUUCAGGGAGAAGUAUGACGGUGAAAUGCCCCUGCAGACGGAUAACAUUGUGUUCAUUUGUCUGGCAGGGGUCAGGAGUAAAACCGCUGUCAACACAGCCACCUCUUUGGGAUAUAAAGAUGUUCAGCAUUACCCUGGUGGAUGGUAUGAGUGGGCAGAAUAUGAACAAGACAAGUGAUCCAUGAAUUUUGGAGCAGAAAUGAAACAUGAGAUAAAUUAACGGCUUUAUUGUCCAACAGUGAGCACCUAAACACUUUCAGUGCUUUGUUUCAUAAACCUCAGGAACUCUGCUUUAGUGAUGGAUCAGCUUUCAGUAAAUGAUCCACAGCAGAUACCUUCAGUGCCAAGCUUCUGGGAGCAUUAGUGACGUUUUAUUCAGUGUUCUUUGAUGUGUUUCAUUAAAUUGAGACAAACUUCCUUGAAAUCUUUUAAA